UGAGUGCUGUGCGGGCGGCCACCCCUGCGGGUGAGGCAACUGCGGGGACGGUGAUGGGCCUGCUGGGCUUGUGCCCACUUCUGUCUGGCAGGGUGGGUGUAGCACACGCCUUGGCAGUGCUUGUCCCAGUGUUCCCAGAGCCCGCCCAGCCCCACGCCUCCCCAUCAGGUCCUCAGACCGAAUCUCAGGGUCACUCUGGAUGCAUCCAUCAGAACCGGGCCCCCACUGGAGUCGCUGGGCAGGACCAGGCAUGCCUAGGGCAUCAGCGGCCCCACAGGAGGGUUGUGGUCCCCACACCACUAGUGCAGCCGCUCCUCAUGGGGGAUGUCUCUGGAGGCAGUCAGGCCUGGUGUUGCCCCCUUCCCAUGAUGUGCUCACCCAGCCCUGUGUGUGUACUGCAGGCCAUGCCUGCCCUACACGCUUCUCUGAUACCGUCUCCCUCAGACGUGCCACGGAGCAGAUGAUGGCGGCGGCCCGGCUCCUGCCGCCACCAGCGGUGCCUCAGGCCAAGGUGACCUUCGAGGACGUGGCCGUGUUUCUCUCCCAGGAUGAGUGGGACCGUCUGGGCCCUGCCCAGCGUGGCCUCUACCGACACGUGAUGAUGGAGACCUACGGGAACGUGGUCUCCGUGGGAAUUCCAGGAUCCAAGCCUGAGGUGAUCUCCCAGCUGGAGCGAGGAGAGGAGCCGUGGGUCCUGGACAAGCAGGGCAACGAGCAGCUCAGGGGCUGGGGCAUCAGCCGCUCAGGAUGUGAGCACAAGGAUCAGGACCAGGACGCAGACUCCAGCUUGAGGCCGCUCACUUCAGAGGAGAUAUCAAUGAUUCUGAGGAAAACGCCUGCCGAGUGGAGUGAUCCGGGCAGUUACGAACCUGAGCAGAAUUUCUGUCUGAGUCCCAGCCCUGCCCGCCCCCGUGAAGGCCAGGCUGUGAGGCCCAGCGCGCCGGUCGCCCAGCGCCCGGCCGUUCCUGGCGGGGAGAGGCCCUACCGGUGCGUGGAGUGCGGGAAGUGCUUUGGGCGGAGCUCCCACCUGCUGCAGCACCAGAGGACGCACACCGGGGAGAGGCCCUAUGUGUGCGGUGUGUGUGGCAAGGCCUUCAGCCAGAGCUCGGUGCUCAGCAAGCACAAGAGGAUCCACACGGGCGAGAAGCCCUACGCGUGCCACGAGUGUGGAAAGGCCUUUCGAGUGAGUUCGGAUCUCGCUCAGCAUCACAAGAUACACACAGGGGAGAAGCCACACGAGUGUCUCGAGUGCCGCAAGGCCUUCACGCAGCUCUCGCACCUCCUGCAGCACCAGCGCAUCCACACUGGCGAGCGGCCGUACGUGUGCGGUGUGUGCGGCAAGGCCUUCAACCACAGCACCGUGCUGCGCAGCCACCGGCGGGUGCACACGGGGGAGAAGCCGCACGAGUGUGCAGAGUGUGGUCGCGCCUUCAGCGUGAAGAGGACACUGCUCCAGCACCAGCGGGUGCACACCGGGGAGAAGCCCUACGCCUGCGGCGAGUGUGGCCGCGCCUUCAGUGACCGCUCUGUCCUCAUCCAGCACCACAGCGUGCACACUGGCGAGAAGCCGUACGAGUGUGGUGAGUGUGGCAAAGCCUUCCGGCACCGCUCCACCCUUCUGAACCAUGAGCGCAUCCACACGGAGGAGAAGCCCUAUGGCUGCUACGCCUGCGGCAAGGCCUUCGUGCAGCACUCCCACUUGACCCAGCACCAGCGGGUCCACACCGGGGAGAAGCCCUACGUGUGCAGCGAGUGCGGCCACGCCUUCAGCGCCCGCAGGUCGCUGGUCCAGCACCAGCGGGUCCACACCGGCGAGCGGCCCUUCCGCUGCGCACAAUGUGGCAAGGCCUUUAGCUUGAAGGCCACGCUGAUUGUGCACCUGAGGACCCACACGGGCGAGAGGCCGUACGAGUGCAGCCGCUGUGGCAAGGCCUUCAGCCAGUACUCUGUACUCGUGCAGCACCAGCGCAUCCACACGGGCGAGAGGCCGUACGAGUGUGCGGAGUGCGGCCGCGCCUUCAACCAGCACGGCCACCUCAUCCAGCACCAGAAGGUGCACAGGAAGCUGUGACUUUGCCUGCACGUGAAGCCACACUUGGGAACUCGGGCUCCCAGCCCUGGGAAGCCUCCAGUCCGGGCAAAGCCCCUGCCAGUGACACCCAGUGUCACCGAGGAACUCAUGGGCGGCGCUGAAGCGUCUCUGCAAGAACUUCAGAGGAUGCCUCAUUUGCUUCUCUCACCGUCUUGAAGUUACGUCGCAGAGUAGUCUCACAAUGGUAAUGAGUUUUGGUAAAGACAGCUACUAUUCAUUAUUAACGUUAGUUUGUUAGAAAUGAGAAACUAAGGGAAGUUUCAGCAUAAGGACCACUGUCCCAGGAAAACUUCCUCACGCUCCAAAUAAAUGUUUUUUUCUUAGAAUAUUAUAUGCCUUUCCUAAAUACAAUGGUUGUUCUGAUUAUUGCACUUAAAAUUGGGAUGUUGGAGUAUAUUUUCAGCAUUCUGUUAAACUGUAAAGUACUAUGUAGAUAAAAUGGUAUUAAAAAAUAUUGUUACCAAGUGUCAUCAUGUAAUAUGGCUGAAAAUCCUAACUGUGUGGAACUACUUGUUUUCUAUGAAAAUGCUCUAAAGAUUAAUUAGUGAGAAAUGAUAUAAAUUUAGAAAACCCUUCAUCUGGUCCUUUAAUUUUAUUUAAGAUCAGAAGUGAUGUCCUAACUUAUUAGUGAAAAUUCAACUCAAAAAUGGAUCUUCCCCCCCAAAUCUUUGCAGAUUCAUAGGGUGUCUUGGGCUUCUGGGCCCAUGUGGGCUUAGGAGGUGACUUUGUACUCAGAGCCCAGACCUCACAGCUGCUGUACCACCUGGGUGCCUCUUUUUUUACACAUUAUGAUGUUUCCCAGAAAUGUUACUAAAAAAGUCUUUGGCACACACUUCUAAAACAAAAUUCUCAAAUAGCUUUUUGUUUACUAUUUCUAAUAUUUCUAUUCCUAUGAUGAAGGGUUUUCUUCAUUUUUUACUUCUAGUUCCAAGAGAGUCUAGUAUCUGUUGUCAUAUACUGUGAUAAAUCUAGUUUAUUUAUAAGUUUUGUUUAAAAAAAAAAAAAAAGUUUUGUUUUUUGGCCAAGCAAUGCAGCAUGUGGGAUUUUAGUUCCUUGACCAAGGAUCAAGGCUGUGUCCCCUGUACUGGGAACACUGAGUCUUAACCACUGGACCACUAAAAGCCCCUGUUCAUUAUUUCUAAUAAUUUUUUUUUCCUUGAUAUUGAGACCAUUAUCACCUCAGGAAAAAUUAAGCAGUAGAGUGUUGAUCCUGAAGUCCAUAGCAGUCACUGGUGAAGAUGAAAACGUCUCUUAGAGCUAGUCACAGUGUUCAUGCUUCUUGCUGAUAUUUUUAGAAUAGGUAAAGAGUAUAAAUUGUAAGCAGUUCAUAAAAUUAUGAUAAGCUGCAGAAUAAUAAAAGGCAAACAUUACUUUUUAAAGUUUAAAAUAUAAGUUUAAAAGUUUAUAAUUAAAGGUAAAUCAAAAUAACUGAAAGGAAAUUCUAGAAAUAUUUAAAAUUAUCAUAAAGGAGCUUUUAAACAAAGUUUAGACAAUAA